CAAGCACCGAAAUUGGGCCUCAGAGCUGGGAGUGGCAGGAAUUCUUAUCCAAAAUUCUGAGUGAUCACUUCAACCAUCAGCUGCAGCAGCUGCAAGAGAUCUUGGGUGACCGGCAGCUGGUGGAUCUGUCGCAGGUCACCGGAGCCCUUCACAGCUGGGUCACUGAGCACGGGGAUUUCCAACUGGCAUUGCGAGAGAUGGAGCAGCUGCGGAGAGGAGAGCUGCAACAGAAUCCCUCGAGUCCCUAUGCCAUCAGCAUCCGAAACGACCUUGAGGGAAGCCCCUCAAAUGUUCCAGAUCGGAGCGUCUCAGCUGCUGCGGAGCGAGAAAGCAGAGAAAUCCUGGCAGCCAUCCGUGAGCUUCAGCGAAAUUUGGACUUAUCGCAUGAGUUCUCAGCAGUGAUUGCAGCGGUUCAGGAGAAGGAUGUGAAACACACACCUGUUCUGGUGGCACUGCAAGAACAGAAAACGGACAUCAACGCGCAGUUCGACGACUUAAGAGAGAUGCUUCGACAGGGCCCGGACCGGCCACGCUCAUCGGCCAGCAGGAAGCCACAAGCGAAGGCGGAAAGGACGGAGAGCACUGCGGACAGUCAGGAAGCCUUUAAACUGACCAAGAUUUUGGACGCCAUCAAGGACCAGAAGGUUUCUAUCGACUUCUCCGUGGCGCAAGUCCUGAACAACAUCCAGCAGAAGCAGCAAGAGACCAUCGAUAAACUGAUCUUGACCGACCAGCAACUGGAUUUCUUGAAGCAGGGGCUUUCCAAGUUGGGGCAGGACACGCUGCGGAUCCGCACAGCAGCUCCCGCACCCUCGCCCGCCUCCCCACGCAUGGGGCAAUGGCAGCUGCCGGGCUCGCCAUGGAUCCCACCUGGCAUCCUUGGACUGGACAAGUGACAGGGAAUUGACACUCACUCCGUGCAUCUCCGUGCCAUGGCUCGAGCUUGACGGAUUAAUAUGG